AUGGAGGUUCAAGGGUUACAGCCGGGCAAUUUUGACCCCCAAAAUUUGGUCCAACAAAUAUCUGACUUAAUAUUGCCACAGCUUACAUCAAUAAAAGCAGAAAUAGCUGGUCUUACAGAUGAAGUUAGGCAGUUUUCUGGUAGAUUAGUAGAGGCAGAAACUAGAAUUUCAGAGCUGGAAGAUCAGAUGAGCGCCCAAGAAAAUAGGUAUAAAGCACAACAUGACAUUAUUAGAACCAUGCAGGCAAAGAUAGAAGAUCUAGAGGACAGAUCACGUAGAAAUAAUGUUAAGAUAAUAGGCUAUCCUGAGUCGGGCCAACAGCAAGAUGCUGAGUUAAUUAAAUUUGCCUCUAAAGAUCUACCAGCACUGUUGGGUUUACAAACAUCUGAAGUAUCAUUUUUGGUGGAAAGGGCACACAGGAUAGGCGCCCCUAGAGUAGACACUAAUGGUUUAACAAGACCUAGACCUAUUAUGGUGAAAUACCUAAAUUUUCAAGAUAAGGAUAAAAAGUGGCAAUUUUGGUACUUAGAGUAUUCUGAUUUGGUCUACGAGAUAAGAGAUGAUUAUUUCUUUUGCAUUAGUAUGAGUAGUACAGACAACUAUGUUAGUGAAUUCAUAGACUGCAGUAAUCCUAGUCAUGGCCAGAGUGCAGAUGCUUCUUUCAUUUUUCUUCAAAAUCAAAGAAGCCACAUAGAAAAUGUAUGUUCUGUAUGUGGAAAAUGUUUCACGGAGAAAUCAGAUCUUAUUAAGCAUCACAAAAUUCAUACAGGAGAAAAAGCAUUUUCAUGUUCUGACUGUGGGAAAUGUUUUACUCGAAAAUCAAAUCUUAUUGAUCAUCAGAAAAUUCAUACAGGAGUGAAAGCAUUUUCAUGUUCUGACUGUGGGAAAUGUUUUACUCGGAAAUCGGAUCUUAUUAAGCAUCACAAAACUCACACAGGAGAAAAAGCAUUUUCAUGUUCUGACUGUGGGAAAUGUUUUACUCUGAAAUCAGAUCUUAUUAAGCAUCAUAAAAUUCAUACAGGAGAAAAAGCAUUUUCAUGUUCUGACUGUGGGAAAUGUUUUACUCAGAAAUCCCAUCUUAUUAUGCAUCACAAAACUCACACAGGAUUAAAAGCAUUUUCUUGUUCUGACUGUGGGAAAUGUUUUACUCAGAAAUCAGAUCUUAUUAUGCAUUACAAAGUUCAUACAGGAGAAAAAGCAUUUUCAUGUUCUGACUGUGGGAAACGUUUUUCUCGGAAAUCAGAUCUUAUUACGCAUCACAAAAUUCACACAGGAGAAAAAGCAUUUUCAUGUUCUGACUGUGGGAAAUGUUUUACUCGGAAAUCAGAUUUUGUUAGGCAUCAAAAAAUUCACACAGGAGAAAAAGCAUUUUCAUGUUCUGACUGUGGGAAAUGUUUUACUCAGAAAUCACAUCUUGUUAACCAUCAGAAAAUUCAUAAAUGAGAGAAGGCAUUUUCAUAUUCUGACUGGGGGAAAUGUUUUAUUUGGAAAUCAGAUCUUAUUAAGCAUCACAAAAUUCACACAGAUUAAAAAGCAUUUUUAGGUUCUGACUGGAAAGUGUUUUAAUCUGAAAUUACAUGUUAUUAGCCAUAAGAAAAUUCACACAUGAGAGAAAUGAAUGUGAUAAAUGUUUUGCUUGGAAAUCAAAUCUUAUUACUCAGCAGAAAAUUCAUAUUAAAGGAAAUUAUAUCUUAAA